GGAGAAAUAUGCUGUUGCCUACGGCUGGAGUGAUUCCUACGCUCAUACGCAGGGCCUCCCCGCGAACCCCAGCAGGAGCCAGAGCGGUCCGCAAAACGGCGGUGGCGUGGACUCCCUAGCCUUCGAGAAUGCUGUUACCAGCGGUGCUUUUCCGGAUGCCAAAGUGUUUCGUGUUUACUCAAACAGCCAGUGGGAUGGGAACUCUGUCUUUCCUGCCAAGGCCUUGCGUGCUAUCUGGGACACGCGUGCAGACGCUAAAGUUCACCUCGACAUCGGCUGGGAUGGAAUUCUGUGGUAUGGUGGGGCCGGAGACAUUGAGCAGUGGGUCAAGGAGUUCUACGAAGGCAUUGUGGACACAAAUAGUGGCAUGACUGAAGAACGCGUCUUGCAAAUCGAACAGAUCAUGAUGUUCAACGAGCCCACCUGCAAUGACGCUUUCUCCGGUUACGAUAUGAUAUUUGACAAGUUCGAGCUCGCGGUAGGCUCGUUGUGGGCACAAGCUGAGACCAUACUGGGAGCAUGGGGCUGGAAGAGGGCAGUGUGGCACAUCCGCAAUCAGAUGAGAUAUACGAUUGCCCAUUGCGAUAAUGGAUUGGUAGUUGCAGCAAGAGAUGAGCAUGGAAAUCCCACCUGGAAGUUCAAUACUGAGAUGAUGAGAACGUCCCCAGAGCGAAUUGCGAAGCACCUCAACUGGCUCGGGGAUCACAAUAACAGUCCCUUCUCUUGGAACGUGUACCGCGAUCCACUCGCUGGCCGACCUAAGUCGGAACUCUUUGACGCGCAGCGUACUCUUCAAACAGCAACUCUGCAAUUUUUUGCUGCUUGUGAAAACGCGUUUCUCGACGGCAAGGUGCAACCUCGUGCCUACGAUGGGCAGCCGAGGACUCUGAUCCCUCCCUUCUCUGGAGGAGGACUGGAGAUGUAUCCAGCCUUGAGUUUCGGAGAAACGGGUCGUUACGGAGGGAAGGAAUACCAGAUGAGGUACUCCCUAGGCGCCUGGGCAGCGAUUCAGGGGCCAGCGAAUAGAGACGCUUUCAGCGUGGGGCUCACUGAAAAAGAAAAAAAAACGCACGACGCAGUCCUCAAAACGAUGAAGGAAGACCACUCCACCCGUGAGGCAUGCAAACGACGAAAUUUGCCCACAAACUGGCAACAGCAGCCGACUGGUGUGCGGUGCGUGACGUUGUUCCAGACUAACAAUGAACCGGGGAAACCAGAUAGAUCCGUCUUGAUAAACCCACACUCCUCGAAUGGGGCGAUCAAGCCCUGGGCUGGCGGUGUAGAGUCCUGGAUUCGUGGCCAUCGAGGUGGAUGUGGACAGGAUUUUCCUCACGGGAACACGUCGAUGUCCGAUAACGGAAACCCGCCCGCAGCUUCUGCUACUAUCGCUCAGGAGAAUGAACAUGCUCGCAAAUUCCUUGCAGCUCCAACACAACCACCAGGCAACAAAGAAGUAACUGUUUGAGCGCAAAAUCAUAGAUACCUCUUCAGCAGCUAAAAACUAAAAAAUACGAAAUACUAAUAACUUAGACAUAAGCUUAGUCUUAUGUUGUUAACAACACACAGUGUUAAACUAGAAGAAAAGGGAAAAAAGAAGACGCAAAGAAGGAAGAGAGAAAGGCAUAAAGCAAACAAGAAAGAUCGAAGAAUAAGUGAAGGGAGGGGGGGAAAAAAAACGCCUUUUGGAAGUAUAAUUAAACGGUACAAGGAGCAAAGAAACCUUUUGAUCUAGGUCAAAAGAUACCUCCAGACCAGGUAAAUGAAUGAAUGAAUGAAAAGUCUUAUGUUGUUAACAACACACAGGUUAACUAAAAGCUGCUGGAAAUAGUUUUCUUAAAAAGCAAGCUGUGCAUUGAAAGAAAAAAGGCUCCUUUGCAACUUCUUCCUCGGCAUUUGCCUCUGCGUUGUGUCUCUCACACACCAAACAACACCGCUUUUGGUAAAAAACUG